ACAGUUCAUAUAAAUAUUUACCGGCAUUAUUAUAUAUAUAUAUAUAUAUAAUAAUAUAUAUUUGUAUUAUAUCAUGAUUUCUGAAUCGAAGGAAGAACGUUAUUUUUAUUUUAAUAGUUUAGCUAUUUUAUUAAAAGCUGUUGAAAAUGUACGUACAACCAUAGAUCUUCGAAACGAAGCAUCAAUUUAUGGUAUAGUAGAACAUGCAGAUGCCUACAUGAAUAUUGUAAUGAAAGAUUGCACUUUCAUAGAUCCUAGAGGUGAUUCGUACAAUUACGAUAUGUUCUUCGUACAAGCAAGAAAUAUCCGAUUCGUUCAUAUUCCACCAAAAAUACGUAUUAUACCAGCUAUCAAGGAACAAUUGCAAUAUUUAUUAAGAAAUAAAAAGGACUUAAUACACACUAAACGUACAUUUAAAACAAAACGUGCUGAACAAAGACAACGAGAAGGACUAGCAGCAAUGGAGAAAAUUUUAGAAGAUAGAAAAAAGGCAAAGCAAAAACGAAAUUAAUUAAACAUUAACUAAUACAAAUUGAUUUUAAUAUAUUUAUUUACAAUUUAUUUUUGUGUACAAAAAUAACUUCUAUAUAAACAUGCAUUGCACAAAAUACUGUAUGAAUUUAUUAUAAAAUUUGUUAUUUUGUACAAAUUGCAAGUACAAUUGUUAAAAGCUAAUAUGUAAACAAAUAUAAAUAAAAUAAAUUUAUAUAA